AGUAUAAGGAGGAUCGGUAAACGGGUUAUAUUCGACCCGUUCCGUGUGGGUUUGGUUUCGUAGGGUAAGGAGGAGGACUAAGGGAAGAAUUGCGAAGAAGAACCGCUGAAAGAAGGAAAAGCUCAGUGAAAACAGCAAGAAGAAGAAGAAGAAGAAGAAGUUGGGGGUGGUUUUGAUAUUCUGCUUCAGCAGUAAGAGCGAAAAUGGAUGAAGAUGAAUUUCGGCGGCUUCUUGAUCUCUUCCCCACCGUUCGAUCUCCCGAUUUUUAUGGUGAGUCAGAAUCAUCAAGUCAAUCACCUUCUACAGCGGCACAGAAAAAAGAGCUAAAAGAAUGGCAAGAUGCAUGGAAUGACAGAGAUCAUAAAGAAGUUGAGAGUCGUGAACUUGACCAUCAUGAUGCAUUCUGGGAGAAGCUGAAGUCGGCUGCUGAGAAAAAGGUGGGUGCGGCAGAAGCAGAAAGGUUUUGUAAGACAUUUCAACGGAUUCAUAAGAAACUUGUUUAUGAAGAACUGAGUCCAGAUGCUGCACGAAACUUUCUCACCUUGUCAAAGAGUUCUGAACGUUAGUUUUUAUUUUCUUGUAUGAUUUGUACAUUUUUAUGAUAUCAUAUGCCAUUGGUGACUAUAGCAGUUGUAACUGGAUCAAAUUGUAAACUUUAGGGAUGAAUUAAAUGAGUUGAUUGAUGGAUGUUAAA